GUAGUCCUUCCCCCUCUCUACCUGUUUAGUAGCUAAAGAUGGCUGAAGCUCCUCCAUGGCCCAGUCGGUUCUUCUGUCACAGAUGCUCUGCAGAGAUCAGUCCUCGGCUUCCCGAGUAUACAUGCCCAAGAUGUGAGUCGGGGUUUAUUGAGGAGCUGCUGGAGGAGAGAAGUGCUGACAAUGGCUCCAUGUCUACCAUCUCCAGCGGGCCCCAGAACCAGCAACCAUUUGAGAAUGUGGACCAGCACUUGUUUACAUUCCCUUCGGGCUAUGGUCAGUUUGCCCUGGGCGUCUUCGAUGACAGUUUUGACUUUGGGGCCGGACUGGGAACAGAGGACAACAGGGAUGCUGAAAACAGGAGGGAAAGGGAAACGGCAUCAAGGCAACGAUAUGGUGCUAGGCAACCGAGGAGUCGUCAUGGUUCAAGACGACAAGCAGGGCGGCAUGAGGGAGUUCCCACUUUAGAGGGAAUCAUUCAGCAGCUAGUGAAUGGAAUAAUUGCACCAACUGCAAUGCCAAAUAUUGGUGUUGGACCCUGGGGUGUUCUUCAUUCGAAUCCCAUGGAUUAUGCCUGGGGUGCUAAUGGACUAGAUGCAAUUAUAACACAGUUAUUAAACCAGUUUGAAAACACAGGACCUCCGCCUGCUGAUAGAGAUAAAAUAAAAAGUCUUCCUACAGUACAAAUUACAGAAGAACAUGUUGCUUCAGGUCUGGAAUGUCCAGUGUGUAAAGAAGAUUACAGUGUUGGAGAGAAUGUGAGGCAGCUUCCAUGCAAUCACAUGUUCCACAAUGACUGCAUAGUACCCUGGCUGGAACAGCAUGACACUUGUCCAGUGUGCAGGAAAAGCCUGAGUGGACAGAACACAGCAACGAACCCUCCAGAACUAUCCGAGAUGAACUUUACCUCCUCCUCUUCCUCCUCUUCAUCCUCCUCCUCUUCUACCCCUCAGUCCUCAAGUUCGACCAGCAAUGAAAACUCCACUGAUAACUCCUAGAGACACAUUUGUCCUUAUCACCCUGUGAGCUGUUUAUAGCUCCUAGGCUGCUUUACUUCAGAGCGGUGACCUCCAGUCUCUUCCUGUCCUAGGGUAGAGACCUGAGUGCAUCUCACCAGGAGCACUCAAGCCUGACUCAGGGGUAAGUGAUACAUGAGGUCCAACCUGUUGCCCCCACCCUCAUCAGGAAUCUGAGCAAAGGAAGGGCAGAGGCCCUGCAGUGCAGCUUCUGUCAGAGAGGAUGUAGAGGAGCACGGAAACUUAAAGGGGCUCGAUCUGCCUGAAUCACCUCAUGCAGGGAAGAGAAAAAAAAGAAAUCCAACAGUAAAGGAGUCUGGACAAUAAGACAGUUGAUGUUUUGUUUUUGUUUGUUUGUUUUUUUAUCGCCACACUUGUGUGAUUUAAAAUGAUCCACUUUUGCCAAUGAACCAAAAAGAAAGUUACAGUUAUUCCUUUUAUAAUUACUAUACAUAUCUCACAGAUAAAAUGACCCAAAGUGCACUGUAGUGCACUGUUUAAGUGUGCACUCAAGAUUCUUCAUGGUUUGGAAAGAUAUUACAUUUGAUUCCUGUAAUUCUCAAAAGAAAAUGACAAUAAUUUAUGGAAUUAUUUUAUAGUCAGGAUCUUCUUACAGUUUUAAGAUUAUCUGACACCACACAGGUACCAUUGUUUGCACAUGAAACGAUGUGUCAAAUUGCAGUAACAGGGAUUUUUUUUUUGUUUUUUUUUUUAAAUCUACAAGUCUAAAAUGUGGAUCAGCUUUUCACAUUAUACACUUAGAGAUAUUUCAGUGCAUCUGUGCAUUUUAACUUAAAGGUAAAUUAAAUAUUUUCUAAAGUUGCCAGUUGAAAAAUGAUUGACUUGCAGUCUUGACAGUGUACAAAAAAAAAGAAAAAAAAUGAAAUGAAAAUAAAGAUGUUUGGGUGCUACCUCUCAAAAUUCAUGUAAAACAUUUUCAGUCUGUGUAUGUAUGAUAUUCUUUGAAGGUCUAAUCAUGAGCGACUCAAGUCUUAAAAUGGACCUGGAGACAUUCCAUGGUAAAAAUUAAGCUCUUCUUUCAAGAACUGACAGUAACUACAAACUGUUUUUAUUUUGUGUAAACACUGAGGGAGAGUUUUCUUUGCUGUACUCAUUGUGUGCUGCUGUGGGUAUGCACUAAAUGGGAGUGCAAGAAAUUUUCCAAAACCUGUUCACUGUUACAGCAGAUACACUAAAAUUGAACAAAAAAUAGUGACAUGUUUGUCCUAAUACCAAAUAAACAAAAUAGUAGUAUGGUAAACAUAUUUUGGCAUACAGGUGAGUUAUGAGCUGUGCUGUUCUGUGUUUCCCAGUAUAAAUUAUUUGUUCCUCAAGUGUUGUCUUGCAGGCUCUUAGAACAACCAAGCAGGUAACAAUAACAUCAUCAGCAAACACUGCUGGAAGUGAUUUCAAUGCAUAAUACGGUUUUGAGAUUGUUUUGUACUUUCAAAGUAAGGUCUGGUCUGAAGGGAUGCAGAUAGUAAACACAGUCUAUACUAAAUCCUUUAAUGGGCUGCUUGUCUGCUAAAUAUUUUCAAUAAGCCAAUAAAUUCAACUUCCUUUUAUUGUUUAGCCAUAUGGGUGUAUUUCCUCCACAUUGUACCUCUACUUGCCUCUGGAAUUUAAGUUCAAAGGCCUUUAAUGUGGGGGAUUGUUGUUGUGGACAUUUUGUCCAUUGGUUUUAGGUGAAAGACAAAUGGAAACACUUGACUUGUGCCUAUGAGUUAGACUUUACAAUGUGAAAUAGCUGCCUCAUAUUCAUAGUUUAUUGUCAACUUUGUGCAAGUACAAAGUAUUUGUGCCCUCUUUAACUAUGCAGCUUGGAAAAUAACAAGCUGUUUUAUUAUUUAGUUACUACAUAUCAGAAUCUAGAGCUACCAUUUUCGCUCUUUGAAAUUGUGAAUAUGUAGAUGAGAAGAUUUUUUGUGAGUGCUGCAGCUUGAAGGUAAAAUGUUUUUAGGUUUUGUGAAUUUAU